CCAGGUUUCAUCAGUGACUCGCAAGUGUCGACGACCUCUGCCUUGGCUAUCGGAGUCAUUGUCAGAUCAAUUAAAUUUGCAAAAUGGGAGUUACUCGUGAAAAUAAGGACAUUUUCUUUGGUCCUUAUAUUCAGGAGGAUGCUAUGCAAAUUCUGGAAGCAAGUGGUGGCCAUUCCACUGAUGAAGAUGACUCACAGAACCAUCCUCCCAUGACAUAUUCCAGGCAUCGUCGUACACCUCGUCAGCUGCGUCCUCGUUCUGCAUCACUGGAAGCUUGCCUUAUUGGCAUGUACAGGCGCACUGGUUCCAGACAAGCUCGCCGUACAGACAACAUUAAGCAUCUGUUAAGUCUGGUGGACAGAGAGGAGGAAGGGGAGAGCAGCCAGAUGCCCACAUACAACUCUAAUGUUUCUGCAUUUGCUACACUUUUGCAGGAGCGAGAAAAGAUGCAGGUGUGGAAUCAUUUUAUCAGUUGCUCUGAGGAGGAGCAGGAGUAUAUGCUGCACAGACCACUGGCCAGCAUCAGAGAGGAAGUAGAAAAUGAGGAGGCCAGCAGCCUGGAUGACUCCUGGGAAGAAGUAAAACCAGAGCCAAAUAUUUCUGGCGACAGACGAGCUGACCACCCAUCUUUUAGUGCUCAGGAAUGCUUUGGGCGGAUUGACAGACACUUGCGGUCAAUUUUGACUCGACGCCACUUGCCAGUUGGUAUCUUGGCUCAGCUAGAAGAGGAUGUGGUAUCCUUUUUCAAAGACUGCCCCGAUUCUGUUUUUGUAUUGGAUCACACCAGUGGCUAUGAGCGCCUGCUGCUUCAUGCUGUCUGCCAGUUCCUAGGUCUUCACUGUCACAGUUAUGAUGACAAUGGGAGUCGCAGAACUCAAGUGGAGAAUAGAUAUUUGUCAUUUUGUCCUCCUGCACAGUCUUUGUCUCAGUUCCUGGAAAGUUUCAACAUUUCUUGACAGUGAUCAGCACAAGAGCUCACUUUCCCUCUUUUGUUUUGCACACUUCACAUAGAUAAUUGUUGUUCAUCUUCAUAAUGUUACAAACUUUUAUGAACAUGCAGCAUUUGGAUGAUUAUUUAGCUAAUGCAUGCAAGGAUGGUAUGAUCUUAUUUUAAUGGUGUAUGGGCAAUUUUGACAUUAAUGAUUUAUGAGCAAAAGAAAUAUUGGUAUUAGGAAAUAAUCUUGUUUUCUAUAUUUUAGCUGAGGUGGCUCCCUCCCGAUGUUAGCAGAUCUAAGAUACUAGAUGUUGUUUUAUAUAAUGUAUGCUUUUCACUUGUUUUGUGCAAUUAAAAUUAUGGUUGAUCGGGAACAUCAUAGAUCAACUGAAAGCCAUGCAAAGGUACAGAUUUGGCUGUCAUUAGCACUCUUCAUGAUUUAAGGAGGCUGUUUCAUCAGAGUAUUUAGUACUUAUCUACCGCGCUGCUGAAGUACCUGGAAAUGCAUUAAAUUUUCAGUUGUUGGCUAAGGCUGUGUCAAGCCCAGCUUUUACAGACUGCAUCUGUAAAAUCUUUUCUACAUCACCAGUGACUUGUGUCAAAUGGACUGGUCUCAUUGUUUUGCAACUGUUCAAGUACGAUUUAUUUAUAUGGUGAUUUGAAUCAAAAUGUCAUUUUAACGUGUCUUGAGAAGGUGAUUGAAGUAGUUCUUUGAAUUCUUAAGCAAUACUACUUCCAAGUUGUAUGUCUGGAGAGAUUAUAACAAGUUUGGUUGGCCUGCAUGCUUUUUAACCAUUUAUGUGAAUCCAAAGACCUAAUACAUGUAUCUAGAUAUUACUCUUUUAGCGGUGGUAUUAUCAAAGUUCUAUAUUGAAUUUUUAUAUUUAGUGCCCGUUUUACAUGUUUACAAAUCAUCAACACUGCCACUUUCUGUGAAGCCCUCUAACGUAGUUUUUUUUUUUUUUUUUAGCAAGUGCACCCAGAUCUUGCAUAUUUUUGUACAUGCUAUAUAGUAUGGCUAGCACUUUGAACUCUUCGGCUUGAUUAUCUUAACAAGGAUGAAAACUGCAGCAAGCUGUAAAGUACUGCCUUUUUUCCCCCAUCUGGCUUUCACGACAUAUGAUGCACAACUUCAUGCAAAUAAGAUCUCACUUUGAAAAUAUUGAUUGAAUCCAUUGUUGGUGGCUUGUCUAAGGGUUUGUAUUUUUCCCAUGGCGUCCACUUGGGGAAAGUCAUCAUCAUAGGUUAACAGAACAUCUGUGCUUAUUAAAACUGUAGCAAGUCUAGUUUUGUACUGGAUUGAAACCUGAUGUGUGCACGUUUUUGAUCAAGCAUAAACUGGGAAGUGCACCUAAA